GGAACUCAUUCUCCUUCACAAGCACGCAGAGACACUAAUUAAUAAUCAUCUUUCAACUCUGUGUUUUUUAAAUCCAAAAACUAAACUUCCGAAUUGAUGCAUAUAUUCGGCGGAUAGUGAAGGAAGGAGGAGGAGGAGUGAUCGAGAUAUAUAGUAGCUUGCGGAGAUGCUGAAAGAUCAAGUGGCGCAUUUGUUGCAGCGGUAUUUGGGCAACUAUGUCUCCGGACUCAACAGGGAAGCUCUGAAGAUCAGUGUCUGGCAAGGCGAUGUAGAACUUAACAACAUGCAAUUGAAACCAGAGGCAUUCAAUGCAUUGAAGUUGCCUGUGAGAAUUACGGCCGGAUUCCUUGGAUCAGUUAAACUUAAGGUCCCGUGGAGCAGGCUUGGCCAAGAUCCUGUCGUAGUUCACCUUGAUAACAUUUUUUUAUUGGCUGAGCCAGCAACCCAGGUUGAAGGAUCCAGUGCGGAUGCUACCCAAGAAGCUAAGAAGAACCGGGAAAUGGAAACAAGGCCGGUUGAGAGUAGACUAAUGCUGAAGACCGAAAUGAAUACCUCCUGGCUACAAUCAUUGAUCAGCUCGAUAAUUGGAAAUUUGAAGCUUAUUAUCUCAAACAUACAUAUCAGAUAUGAAGAUGUAGAGAGCAAUCGGAGUCAUCCAUUUGCAGCGUGUAUAACAUUAGAGAAACUCUCAGCGAGGAUAUUUGAUGACACAGGGAAGGAGACAUUUAUCACUGGAGGUGCAUUAGAGCGGAUACAGAAGUUCAAGAUGCCAAGCUCAAUCCACAUAUAUUUAUGAGAGGGGUUGGAGCUCGCUAGCCCAAAAGCGAGUUGUAUGCCCGUGGUACAACUGUACAAGGAAAUUUAGGUGAUGGAGACGGUUCUGAGAGGCCUUCUUGAAUGGGGUUCAUCCUUGAAUAAUGCCAAGAAAAAUGGAAAGGGAAAAAGAAGAGGUUGAAUGAUGAAUGAGGUAGGCUAGAGGCUGGUGGUUUGGUGACUAGCCCAUGUUCUCAUGGGGACAUCUAGUUUCUCUAAUCCAACUUACUAUAUUAAUUCUUUGCCAUUUAGAGUUAAGCUGAUCUGUUUAUAAUGGUAGAAUCACAAACAAAAGAGUCACAAAAUCUAUGCAUUUAUCAUUUGUGAAUUUAAUUUUUCAAUUUUUAACUAUUUAAGGUCAUUCCCU